UUUGACACUAAAAUAUUUAUUUGGAUUUUGAAAAACGAACACUUUUAUUUUGUCUAAGCUUAACUCAACUAAAUAACCAGAUCCAUAAUGAUGAUCUAAGUAAAUGAAACUAUUGUAUACAUAAUUUAAUAAUGGGUCUAAUAUAUUUAAGUAGGCGUGUUUGUCUUCUUAGAAGAAAAAUAUUUCCGCGAAUUAUUUUUGGUUUGCUUUUCAUCUACAUUUAUUGUGAAUAUCUUAUUUAUUAUGUAUCACAGGUACAGUGUGUUUGGCCGAAACUCGAAAAAAAACAUGCCAAAGAUGUGGAACCAGUGUAUGCCCUCGUUAUUGCAGAUAUUCAUAUGUUAGGUUCUCGCAAUGGUCAUUGGUUAGAUAAGUGGAGAAGAGAGUGGCAAAUGCACCGUGCAUUUCAAACAGCCAUGACUCUUCACAGACCAGAAUUAGUAUUUGUUUUAGGUGAUUUAUUUGAUGAAGGUAAAUGGUGCUCACAAAAUGAGUUCAAUGAGUAUGUGGAGAGGUUUCAUAAUUUAUUUGCAACACCUGAGGGUACCACUAUGUAUACAGUUGUUGGAAAUCAUGAUAUUGGUUUUCAUUAUAUGAUAACUCCACACUUGGCAAAAAGAUUUGAGGACAAAUUAAAUGCUCCACCCGUGAGUUUAGUAAGUGUCCGGGGAAAUCACUUUGUUUUGAUAAAUUCUAUGGCUAUGGAGGGUGAUGGAUGCACUCUCUGUUCCAGGGCUGUAGCAGAGAUUAACAGAAUUUCUGAUGUAUUAAAAUGCAGCAGUGGAUCAGCACUUUGUAAAGGAAAAGCUAAAGUGCCCAAGUACAGUAGGCCAAUAUUGAUGCAACAUUACCCGCUGUACAGGGAAUCAGAUAGUAUUUGCACAGAGCCCGACGCAGCGCCCUUACCUCUGAGGAAUAAUCUAUUCGAGGAGCGUUGGGAUUGUUUAUCCAAGGAAUCGACGGAAUAUUUAAUAGAGAGCUUGUUGCCUCGUGUGGUGUUUGGUGCACACACACACCACAGCUGUUUGGUGCGACACAGCUUCGUACCACGCCCUGAUCAUAAGAUAGAGUUCAUUGAAUACACCGUGCCGUCCUUUUCCUGGAGGAAUCGAUUGGACCCUAAGUACUAUUUGCUGACCGUAACCCCGGGCGAGGUGAGAGUGGCCAAGUGCGAGUUGCCGCAAGAAUCCACGAUACAGGUCACGGCCGUGAUACUCCUGUUGAUACUAGCUGCGUAUGUACGCUGGUGUUGGAGGCGGAAGUCUUUUAGGCAUAUGUCGGAUAAGAAAGUAUGAACAGAAAAUAUACUGGAUGUUUACAAGGUAUAAUGCUUAUAUUACUUCCAAUUCAAGCUCUCAAGUCUAAUGUACAUAAUUAUAAUGUAUAUUUUAAAGAAAAUCAUGUUAUUUUAACUAUUUAUCAAUAUUGAUCAUAAUUCAUAACACGUCCAAAAUACAUGCCGGUAAUUUUAUUGAGUGAAAUGUUAUUAUAUGUUAUUUUUUUGAAAAACCAAUAUAUUUGUUUAUAUUAUAUUGUUUAGCUUUAUCUUAUUAAGGAAAAUCAAAAUGCAGCUUUACGUCAUGUAAGUUUACGAAAUAAAACUUAACAUAUUAUCCA